AUGAAAUUGAAUCUUGAGAAAUGUGAGUUCGCUAAGCAUCAGGUGAAGCUUCUCGGCUUUUUAAUCGGUAGGGAUGGUAUACGUCCUGUUCAGGACAUACGACGAUUCCUUGGGGCAUGUGGCUUUUUCAGGCGUCACAUUGAAGGCUUUGCCACCAUCGCCCGACCCUUGACAAGACUAACGAAGAAAGGUGUAAAGUUUGAGUGGGGAGUAACACCGACGGCAUUUGACACCUUGAAGAAGGCCUUAGUGAGGGCCCCUAUUUUACGUCUCCCAGACUUCAGCCAGCCCUUUGAGGUUCAUUCAGAUGCUAGUCUCCAGGCCCUUGGAGCUGCCCUCCUCCAACGAGAUGCUGAAGGGGUGCCCUAUGCCAUUGCCUAUUGGUCACGGGUGCUAAAGGAGGCUGAGACACGUUAUCCAACGAUAGACCUGGAGGCCCUUGCUGUCGUGGAAGCUGUCCGUGUGUUUGAUCCGUACAUCUAUGGUCGGCAUUUUACUAUAUGGACAGAUCACCAGCCUCUAACCCAUGUCUUCUCACGCCGAACAAAGAGCAACAGGCUGAGUCGUUAUGCACAUGAGCUUGGGGAAUACGACUUUGCUCUGCGGUACAAGCAGGGGCCCAGUAACCUCGUCCCUGACCUUCCCUCGAGACUGGCAGGUGAACCGAUCCCACAUAUGGAAAUCUGUCCAAUUGAUCAUCCUGAUCCUGAUCCCGAGCCUAAGCCUCCAGACCAGCUUGAACAUCAUGAUCCUGAGCCAGAACCUGAGCUUCCAGACUAUCCUGAACAUGAUCCUGAGCCAGAACCUGAGCCUCCAGAUCAGCUUGAACAUCAUGAACCUGAGCCAGAACCUAAUCCUCCAGACCAGCCUGAGGAUGACCCAGAUCUCACCACCAUGGACCCUAGAAAAAUGAGGGAGCAACAAAUACGAGAUCCAACUUGCAACGACCUCAUCAGCUGGCUGGAGGGACACCAAGCCUUACCUCAACAGCGUCCACCUGCAAUCAUCUCCAGCUUCGAAGUAGAAGAUGGAGUCUUGUAUCACCUAAGAGAAUAUUCUGAUAGAGCAGUGAAGCAGCUGUAUGUUCCUCUGCAUCUCCAGACACAGGCUUUGCAUCUUGCCCACUGUCCACCUUCUGCCACACAUCCAGGAGCCUUGCAGACAUACCAGAAUCUGUGCAAUUCCUGGUAUUUCCCUAACAUGCUUCUCCAGUCGAGGGAGUAUGUAGCUAGAUGCCCAGUGUGUCAACGCCGGAAGGGUUCUGCUGUUCGUGUUCCCAUGCAAGGCCAUCUACCACCAGAGGCCCCUCUAGUGAUGGUUUCAGCAGACCUCAUGGAUCUGAGAAGUUCUUCCAGAGGCUACCAGUAUGUUUUAUCCAUUAUCGUCACCACACCCGCUUUUUGCAGCUGGUCCUUCUUCGUGACAAGACAGCUGAAAGAGUUUUGUCAGCUUUCAUGGAUAACUACAUAA